ACACAGCGCCCCCUCGCCCCAGGCGGGGUGGAGAGAGCAAAGCGAGAUGAAGACCAUAAUCACCUGGGUACAAAACUCGAAACUCGAGGAAUAAGAAGUUUAAUAUCUAUCGGUCUGCAAAUCCGGAGGGCCUGGGGCCCCACUGGGUCCCCUUUCCACUGAGCUAUUCCAAACCUUGAAUCAGAAGGGGAUUUAGAAGCUAACAGCUGCCGGCCGCGAAUACCUUUAAUGCCCAGGCCGAGAAGAAAGCGGGUUAGGAUCUGAUCCUGCUGAACAGAGGACCCAGGAGCCUCGCGCCCGCGGCGCUCGGUGUGGCGGGGGCGCGCUGCGCGCUGCGCCUGGGCAGGCGGCUGCGGCGGCGUGGGCGCGGUGAUGCAGGUGUGACACCCGCGGACUCCUGCCUCGGCCCGGAUCGCCCCAGCGCCGCGUGAGCUCGAGCUGCUGGCGGGGCCGCCAGGGCGGACGCUGCCCCGCCGCACCCGGAGGCGGCCGCCCGCGGACUUCCCACCCAGGGUUGGGCGAGCAAAUGCGUUCAGCCAGGGAGGAGCGAGGCACUGCCGUUUCUUCCGCAGACGGGUGUUAGAGAUCUCUGCUGUCCAGGGUUCAGCCGGGCUGCUGAAACACGAUCCUUUAUCCAGAAGUCACAGAUGCAAACUAGCUCCGUUUAAAGUUAUGGAGAUCCUUGUGACUAUGAUGGGUCCACUCAGAUAACCCAGGACGGUCUCCUCAUCUCAAGAUCCUUAACUUAAUCGCGUCUGCAAGUCCCUUUGCCGUGUGGAAUGACAUACUCACAGGUUGCAGGGGAUAGGAUGUGGACAUCUUUGGGAGGCCAUUAUUCUGCCCCCGACAGUUACCGUCACUGAGGUUCAUCCCAAGGGCUCAAAUCAAACCUGAGAUUGUGCAGAAGCUGCACUUCCACCCUGCGGGGACACAUCGCAUCGCCAGCCCUUCUGUGUGUCUAGCGAAAUUGUCGGCCCCUCCCAGGAGCUGUUUCCACCCUCUCCCGCCAGUGAGUCAUCCUCAGAGGCCGCUCUCCGAGAAGGGCAUAACCUUCAGUAGCAGAACAAAUCAGGCCAGCCAGCAAGCUGCCAAGUCCUGCAGGCUCCUUGUCAAGGAAACCAGCUGGACCCAUUUCUAAUCAACAUCUCCCAACAUAACACCUCUGUGUCACUGAAGGAGACCGGACCAGAAUUUGAAACUUUCCACAGACUUCCACUAGACAUUGAAUGCAAAAGGAUACUUGGGUUGCUUUGCAUAAAUCUGCUCUAUUUCAGAGACCAAGGGGGAGAAUACAGGUGUCACUUUCAUCCAAGAAGUCACACGAACAUAUUCUACAUUUAAAGCUCUGCACGUAUAAUGGAUGAUGGUUAUCGAACCAGCCCAAACCUCUACCACGGUGCAAGAGAUAUAGCUCGAGAGGCUACCAGGCAGUCCCGGAACCAAGGAAUGGAUGACUACAAAUAUCAGGAUAACUAUGAGGGCUAUGCUCCCAAUGAUGGCUAUUACCGUGGCAGCGAGUCCAACCCAGAAGAGGACGCACAGAGUGAUGUUACAGAGGGCCAUGAUGAAGAGGAUGAAAUCUACGAGGGCGAGUACCAGGGCAUCCCUCACCCGGAUGACAUCAAGGCCAAGCAGGCCAAGAUGGCACCCUCCAGGGCAGAUGGCCUUCGAGGCCAGGCAGACCUAAUGGCUGAGAGGAUGGAAGAUGAGGAGCAAUUGGCCCACCAGUAUGAGACCAUUAUUGAUGAGUGCGGCCAUGGACGCUUCCAGUGGACCCUCUUUUUCGUCUUGGGUUUGGCUUUGAUGGCCGAUGGGGUGGAGGUGUUCGUGGUGAGUUUUGUCUUGCCCAGUGCAGAGAAGGAUAUGUGUCUGUCCAGUUCCAAGAAAGGAAUGCUUGGGCUCAUAGUCUACCUAGGAAUGAUGGCAGGGGCCUUCGUCCUGGGGGGCCUGGCCGAUAAGCUGGGGAGGAAGAGAGUCCUCAGCAUGUCGCUGGCUGUCAACGCCUCCUUCGCUUCCCUCUCCUCUUUCGUGCAAGGAUAUGGCGCCUUCCUCUUCUGCCGACUCAUCUCAGGCAUAGGUAUUGGGGGUGCUCUGCCCAUUGUGUUUACCUAUUUUUCUGAAUUCUUGUCUCGGGAGAAGAGAGGAGAGCACCUCAGUUGGUUGGGCAUCUUCUGGAUGACUGGGGGCAUCUAUGCAUCUGCCAUGGCCUGGAGCAUCAUUCCACACUACGGAUGGGGCUUCAGCAUGGGCACCAAUUACCACUUCCACAGCUGGAGAGUGUUUGUCAUCGUCUGCGCUCUGCCCUGCACUGUGUCCAUGGUGGCCCUGAGGUUCAUGCCAGAGAGCCCAAGGUUUCUGCUAGAGAUGGGCAAACAUGACGAAGCCUGGAUGAUUCUCAAGCAAGUGCAUGACACCAACAUGAGGGCUAAGGGGGCCCCGGAGAAGGUGUUCACGGUUUCCAACAUCAAAACUCCCAAGCAAAUGGAUGAAUUCAUUGAGAUCCAAAGUUCAACAGGAACUUGGUACCAGCGCUGGCUCGUCAGGUUCAAGACCACUUUCAAGCAGGUCUGGGAUAAUGCUCUAUACUGUGUGCUGGGGCCCUACAGGAUGAACACGCUGAUUCUGGCCGUGGUCUGGUUCAGCAUGGCUUUAAGCUACUAUGGACUGACAGUUUGGUUCCCUGAUAUGAUCCGGUAUUUUCAAGAUGAAGAAUACAAGUCCAAAAUGAAGGUAUUUUUUGGUGAGCAUGUGUACGGUGCCACAAUCAACUUCACGAUGGAAAAUCAGAUUCACCAACAUGGGAAACUUGUGAAUGACAAGUUCACAAAGAUGUACUUUAAACAUGUACUCUUUGAGGACACAUUGUUUGAUGAGUGCUAUUUCGAAGAUGUUACGUCUACUGAUACCUAUUUCAAAAAUUGCACCAUUGAGUCAACCAUCUUUUAUAACACAGACCUCUACGAGCACAAGUUCAUCAACUGUCGGUUUAUCAACGUCACCUUUCUGGAGCAGAAGGAGGGCUGCCACAUGGACUUUGAGCAAGAUAACGACUUCUUGAUUUACCUCGUCAGCUUCCUUGGCAGUCUGUCUGUCUUGCCUGGGAACAUCAUUUCUGCCCUGCUCAUGGAUAGAGUCGGAAGGCUCAAGAUGAUUGGUGGCUCCAUGCUGAUCUCGGCUGUCUGCUGCUUCUUCCUGUUUUUUGGCAACAGCGAAUCGGCGAUGAUUGGCUGGCAGUGUCUGUUCUGUGGGACCAGCAUUGCUGCCUGGAAUGCUCUGGAUGUGAUCACAGUAGAGCUGUAUCCCACCAACCAGAGGGCAACAGCCUUUGGCAUCCUCAAUGGAUUAUGCAAAUUUGGAGCCAUCCUGGGAAACACCAUCUUUGCUUCUUUUGUUGGGAUAACCAAAGUGGUCCCCAUCCUUCUGGCUGCCACUUCUCUCGUUGGGGGUGGCCUGAUUGCUCUUCGACUGCCAGAGACUCGAGAACAGGUCCUGAUGUGAACAACACAUGAGGAAAGGAAACUUUGGAAGAACCUUGUCCAGGAACCUUCAGUGCACCCACACUUCCUGUCUGUCACAGUCCAGAGGACACCUGGAUAGCACGGGAGGAGAAGUUGAUUUUGUGACCCCUAGUUUAGGACUCAUUUCAGCUGUCAAUAUGUUUGUUACUCAGGUGACUGAUUUGGGGGUGUCCUGAGCUGCCCUUAUAAUCAGAGUGCUGUGUGCUUGGCUUCAGGUCUCCCCAACGCAAGGCAGAGGAAGAGGGAUAAACCCUCCCGUGGGUGCGCACACAAAGCAAGGAGUGUGCAUUUCCCCAAAUGAGGUGCAAGGACUUAUUUGCAUUUCAAAAUGAAUUUGAGGGUGAGAAACACUCAAGUUCCUUCAUAAUGGUCCUUGGAGCCCAAUGACCUAUCAGAUUGACUUGGCAGGAAGCUCGAGUCCUCAUAUGAAUAUUGGGCUUGAAGUACAUGUUGCUUAUAUUUUUGCAUUUAAAAGUAUCACCUAUCGUAUUUUCCAUUUGAAAAUCACCACAAUAGCAUUGAAGAUACUCUGAUAUAGAAAACCAAAUAUUUGAGCAAUAUCUAUAGAAGUCUGCUUUCCCCACCAAGUGUCCUAAGCUUUCCAUGAUGAUUAGGUGGUAAAUUUAACAAUGAUAUUUAUUCCUAUUUUAAUCUAGUCAAAGAAACUUAAUGGGAUAGGUAUUCUGUAAACUAACUGUAUAUAACUCUAUUUGGGUUUAAUUUGAGGAAAUGGUAUCUGCAAAUAUUUGCCAGCAUUUUAGCCAUAUUUUGGGAGGACUUGGCAUUUGAAGUCCCAAGAAAUUGGGUCCAAGGGAAUGAAAUGCAAGCACAAUUUCUUAUAGCCAUUUAACUUGCUGUGGGGAGGAUGCAGUUAGCAAACUCAUGUCGCACAGUUCGUUUAAUCCAGGCACUUUUCUUUGUGUAGGUGGAGUAGUUACUUUCCUCUUACACAGAUCACUGUCUUGUGAAACUCAAGCAUCUUCAGUGCUGGCAUUUAACUUUGCUGCUCCCCCAGAAACAACAGGAGAAGUGUUCAGUGGCUUCUGGCACUCUCUUUGUGAGCAAGAAGAAAACAUAGUGGACAAUCUGGGGGACUGAGAGAGGGUUGGGGAAAUGUAGUCACAGUACUUCAAAGCAUAGUUCUUUCCAUUUAUUUUAGCAGUACAACAUGACCCAUAUUUGAAUGUCAUGGUCAAGACCCCUGAGGAAUCUGUGCUGUGUAUGCCCGUUCACGGCUUUUGAAAUGGAUGUCACUGGUGCGGGAGUAGGGAGUGCAGUGGCUGUGAAAUACGUUUUCCUUGAGUGCUCUAAGAAGCCAUUUCCUGUGAUCCAGUUUGGAACAUGAAUGGUGGUGGUGGUGGGAGCAGGGUGAGGAAUCUUAGACAAAUUGCUUUGGCAAGGGUCAGCAAUAGACUCAAGACCUGACGAAAUAGGAAAUGAACAACGUUUGAGCCAUCAGAACUGUCCUGCGUGGAAGGAACAGUGAGCUUAUGAGCUCCUGGCCCUGGAGGGGAACUUGCCAAGGCCGGCUGAACAUCAGUCUGCAAGAACUAGUUCUUUGAGUUGAUUUGCAACGCUCUCAAUGCUGUCAGGUGCCACACUUUCCCUACCAGAAAUUUCCAAAAAUUCAAAACAGAAUAAUGAUGGCUGUGCUGAGUGUUUUCCCAGUUUUGGAGGAAUGCUUAGGCUCCAUGAUAGCUUCAGGCCAUGUUAUUCUCUGGAGUAACAGGUAAAGGGGGGAAGAGUAAACAUUAUGACACCUUUCUACCCUUGAUUUGAGAUCAGUUUUAAUGGUUAAAAUGUUUACUCUGCUUCUCUUGUCCCCUACCUCUUUAUGCACCCCCUUUUUUCUCUGUACGGGGAAGGACAACAUAGCAUCUCUGAUCUGACCUUGAUUCCCCCAGAUGUAUAAAUAUACCAUUGCGUAUUAGUGUUUCUCUAAUUGUUUUACAGGAGUUACCUAACAUAAAUGCCAUGUCAGUUAUGAGAGGUCCAAUGUAAUAUAGCUGUAAUAUACUUUCCAUAUUCUUGCGAUAUGAAAUACAGUGGCUAGGUUCAUAAAAGAGAAUUGUCUAAACCUGGGGUCACCACAUCCCUUAUAACAUUAUUCUUCAAUGGGAUAAUACAAUUCAAUGAGCAGCUGCCACUUAAACAAUUUACAAGGCAGAGUCUGCAUUUCUAGUUGAGAUGGAUUUUGUAAAUCUAAAGUUGGAUUAAUUUUUGAGUGUUGAGGUGGCUGCAAUAAUUUGGGGGUAAACAUCCUUUGAUUCCCAAGCUCUAACUUUGACUUUGCCUCUAUGGCUCCCUACACCAACCACCUAACUAACCAAGGGCAAUUCCCAUCUCAUUCAUCACUAGGCCUUUGUAAAGGUGCAGCCAUUCUCUGCAGCCUUUAACCAUGAAGGACUGUCUGGCGCUGGGACCUGGCCAUUUCUUCAAUGCUGUCACUCCUGCUGAGAUAAAUGCUUCUUUAAAAAUAGUCUCUGCGGCUGGUCAUUGGGAGAUAAUGGACAGCAUUCCUGGCCAUCCGUUUCUUUUUCAUUUCAUGUUCUACUCUGAGACAUUCCCAGUGGCAUCCGUGGAGAGCUGAAGGGAAGAGGCGCUCCUUCGCUGAGCAAAUCUGUUCCCAGUUCUUGCUGUAUUUUAUGAUGCCCGGUUUGACAGUAGUUACUUUUAAUAGUCCCAACUGUAUUGUGUUAUCUCUUGAUGCUGGUUUUUUAUCUUUUGUUUUAUUGGAAAUGAUUAGUGAGAGGGAUGUGCCUAUUUGUGAAGUUUAUAACUCAUUAGCCUGAGGUCAUGUAAUAAAUAACCCCAUUUCCAGGGUUCCCUGGUACCUUGUGUUAGUUCAUUAAAAAUAAUAAUAAAAGUGAUUGUAAGCAAACCUUUAAGAACUGGGGCUAGAGAUUAUUUUCAGACCCUGAGGUCUCUUCUGGAUUCCUAAAUUGAUGGAAUCAACUGGGAGGAACAUUCAGAAUCAUUUCCUUCAACUUUCUUAUUUUGCAUAUGGGGAACUUGAGAGGUUAAAUGAUGUGACCAAAGUGACAUGUAGUGCCAGGAGUGGGUUAUAACGUCUACAAUGAUGCUCUGUCUAUAAUUCUGGAAUAAUCCCUCAGUCACUGAUACCCUGCUUCAGGGCCUCCCAUAGCGUCUUUGGGGAAUGUGACAAUGUGACAAACACUUGCCCUUCGUUCCCUGAGGACAUUCAUUGAAAACCUACAUGAUUGUUUUACCUAUAAUAAGUGGAAGGAUCAGUAUAAAUGAGAGAAAUUAGUAUUUAUUCGUCAAUUAUUCAUUCAUUCAACAAAUCCUCACUGUGCCCCUUCUGUGAGCCAGUCUCCUUGCUAAGCCCUGGGGAUCCAGUGGUGAAGGAACUGGUCACAGUUCCGCCUCCUUGCUCAUUCCACUUACAGCCAGUGGGAAAGAUGGAUAUUAACUUGGCAAUAAAAACAAAGUACAAGGGUCGUAUAAUUAGUAAAAUGCACCUUUUGUUUGUAAGAAGAUUCUUGCUCCUUUACCAGUCGACCGUGGAUUUCUGAAUGUGGUUGCCCUCUCCAGUUUCUCUUUUCUUCAAGGAGUGUGCCAAUUUCUUUUCUUUUAGUCCAGCUAAAGAAAAAGACACACUUGUUCAUUUUUUUGCAGAACAUAAUAAGUUUUUACUUAAAUCUAUUUUACGGAAAAUUUUAUGUGGAAGAAGGGAUGGGGGCCAGGAAUGCAAGCAUGACGUUAGUUAGUGGGGCAAGCCUACCGGUGUUUCUACCUCCACAUCUGGCUUUUUAGGGGACAUCUGAGCUAACGCCCAAUAUUUGGGAUUUAGUUAGGAUUAGGUUGGAUGGCGUAUAUCUGAAAACCCAAAUAAUCAGGCUUAGAAUACCUUUAUAAUAAGUUAAGGGUUUAUUUGUCUCUCAUAUGAAGGGAAUCUGGAGGAAAGAAAGCUGUGGCUGGUAUGGCUGCCUUGUGACCUGAUCAUUGGGAACAGACUCCUGCCUUUAGACUCCAUGAUUUUUUGUCAUUGAGGCUGCCUCAUGUACUGAGAUGGCUGCUGCAGCACUGAUCCUCACAUCCACAAUUCAGGCAGGAAGCAGAAAGAAGGGCAAGGGGCGAAAGGGCUACACCUCCCAGCUUAGACAGCCUCCCCUGAAACUACUCUCCUUCCCGCCCCUUCCAGUUGCUUCCAUUCAUAUAUCAUUGACCUCCUUUGGCUGCAGGGGAGCCUGGGAAAUGUAUUCACCUGGGGACAUUGCUUCUCCAGAUUGAGGAUCUUGGCACUAAGGGAGAAAGGGAGAGAGGCUAGAUGGAUCAUGCUGCUUAAACUUAAGCAUGUGUCAGAAUCAGGUGGAGAGGUGUUAAAACUCACACAGAAAUCUGGGGUGGGAUCUGAGAGUUCACAUUUUUAACAGCUCCCAAGGGAUGUGGAUGGUGUCAGUCCUUGAACCGGAUUUUGAGCAGCACUGACACCUGCCAACUUGAUUUGUUGGGGGAAGUUUUAUUGCCCCCGUAACUUAAAAUUAGCUUGACCAGAAACUCACGAAAGCUAGUAGCCCAUGAAAAACGAUCACCAUCUUCCUAAAGUUCAGGGACUAUCAACUGGUGGCAGUGCUUCAGGAACUCAAGAGUGUCAGUGAAAAUCGUCUCUUCCCUGGAAACUGCUUCGUUUCACCCAGGCCUUGUCCUUAUGAGCCCAUGUCUGGAUGUCGACCUCUAAUUAACACCUUCUCAUCUGGAGGUCCCUGAGCCCUGUUUUGCCCAUUUCCAUGUGCUAAUGAUUCUUAUAGACACAAAUAUAUUUGUGGCACAUUGUUAUCCAUUAGGCUUUCUAAUUGUACUCUUUGAUCCUAAAAGCUUUCUCCCAGCUAGGGAUGCACAGAGAGUGAUAAAGACAUAUCUAGCUAGGAACCUGACCUGCUGACAGUCAACUUGAACUUGAUUUGGAAAUGUCUCUUGAAAAGGGUAAACAUUUCUUCUGUAGAUAAGAGAAAGGCUGAGUGAGAUAAAUUCUUCCUCUUAGACCUCAUUCAACACAUAUUUACACAAUGGCUACCAUGUGUCCCGUGCUAUACUAGGUUGCUACCUCUAAGUGGUCCCGUGUCAUCCAAAACUUUGUGCUUUUGUGGGUAGCUGUGCUGUGUUUAAGCACAGCCCCAAGAACAGUUUGGAAAUAAAUCACACAUAGCCUUUGAAUUUGAAGCAAGCUGAAAGCACAUUUUAUUUAAUUUGCAGAAGCACGGUGGGGAAAUUUAUAUGCAUGGCUUUUGUGACAGCAAAGAGGUUUCCAGAAAGAUUAAUGAUGAAAUGAAACAGAGACUAGAACUAUCCAUGAAGGUUAAAUGGAGAAAUAAAAGUUGUUACAGUUGUUGCUAAUUACAGAAUGAACAGGGCAUCCACUUAGCAGGACCAUAAUACGUCUUCCAGAAUGUUCAAGCCCUGAGCUGGGGAAUGAGGAGUCCUUGUCGUCUCUCUCGAAAACACACACAUAGCUGUCCAUUCAUCUUUGGUCCUGUUGGCUUAAAAAUACCUUAAAAUUUCAGAGACCAUAAAUAUGCCUUUCUUUAGGAAGCAAAGGUCUUUCAGGAGCUGUCUUCUACCAAAGUUAAUGUGGUUGGCACAUUUGAUAGUUUUGCCAGGUAGGAAGGUGUGUCUACUCACAGCAGCUGUCACUCAGGAGAGCAAGCCACUCAAAACCAACGUCUUGUCCUCCGGUUCUUGCAUACAAUGUAGAAUCUCAGUGAUUCAGUUGUCUCUAAAUCAGCACUUGUGAUUUUGAUAGGGUAUGAACAAAAGACCUAUAAAAAUGGCUUUCCAGGAAAAUUAGACUUCAAGCUAUAUCAUAAAGGAUUGCUUAAAAAAUGUGUAGAAAAACAACUGGUAAGCAAUUGAUGACCAAAUCGUAAGUGACUCUUACGUAUUAAAGUAUUUCUCCCAAAGAAUUACACAAAUUCUAGCGAUCUCAAAAAUAUUUGAAAGUGAUAAAACUCAACUUCUUUAAAAUGUGUUUUUAUGGUAUAGAUUUCUUUUCAAUACAGAGUCAGUCUGGAUGAGUCAAGCAAACCCAACUUUCACAAAUGUUUGAAUGGAUUGCUAAUAGAUAAUUUGUUGGUGUUUACACUAAUGAUUUUAAUAAGGAUAAUUUCCAGAAACCUACAUUCUACAUAUUUUACAGGGGUAAUAUCAAACUAUAAACUGAGGAUUUGCAAUCAGAAUAUGGAUAGUACCUUGCUGACAUGUUUGUGUUAGAACUUAGGCUGUGACAAGGAGGCAGGAAAAAGGUAUUUUAUAGGUAGUCCUGAGUAGACAGAUGUGUAUCCAGUUUAAUAGGUGAUUUUGAAAGAUAUCUCAACUUUUUAAAAUUACGUUUUGGUUAAGCAAAAUGGAGGUAUUUGUGACAUAUAAAAAUUAAAAAAAUACCCCCACUGCAUAUAGAUGUGAAAACUAUUUCAUUGUUUAAUAUACAUGCCAUGGAUUGGUCAGUUUUGAUUCAGGCUAUUUUCACAUAAGGGAUAAAAAUCAACAAGAUAUUAUAAAAUUUAAAAAUUUUAAAUAUUUAUCAAGUAGUUAAACACUGAUUUGUCAAUUCUGCUGCAUUUCAAAUGGGCCGAACGUUCAAAUAGCUGAGCUGUGCAUUUCCGGUUUCAGGAAUGAAGGAGUCUUUAAGGUUAUUUAUUUUUCUGCAUGAGAUUUGGUCCCAGCUUUUUGGUCCAUCUGAAUCCUGGAGGUCCCCAACCGUAACAGACUAAAAGAGUGUCUACACUGUUAUUACUUCUUUGUUCUUGAUGUGGUGGGUAAAGUAGAUAAAGCAGCUUGAGGUGUUAGGAAGAACUCUCCUUGAAGUUGGCUGGUCUAUCUUUCUAUAAUGAUUUAUGCUUAUGCAUCUUUUUUUCUUUUCUACUUCAAAAUGGUAGGCUAAAUUUGUAAAGUCCAAGCUAAGCCUCCGGGCUCCAAUAAACAAUGCUGAGAGACUAAGAGGUUUCAUUCUAUCGGGUGGGAGGGGAACUAGAGAGGUGACAUUUUUGGGCAAAGGUCAACAGUGUCCAGACAUGGGUGACUAUUGAUGGUCUUCCCUGAAUGUUUGACCAAUGGUGUUGAGUCUUUUCUACAGCCACUGCAACAAAUUUGGCCAAUCAGUGCUUUAACAGGCUGAGACACUGCUAGCUUUUCAGAGUUGAGAGGUUGAAUAAUAACGUCCACUAUGGCAAUUGGCUCCUGGAAUGGUGGUGUCUGGGAACAAAGUUAAUAAACACAAUCUCAUCAGGUAUCCGCUGUAGUCCUGUGAAGUGCUCUGUGAUUUGUGAAGAAUACUUUGUAGGUAUAGAGGGCAUUUGUAACACUGUUGCUGUUGAUGAAAUGUGCUGACACACAGCCACUGGAGGAAGAUGUUUCUUUGGAAGCCUGCCAUCUUUCUAUAAAGGACCUUCAAGCUGAGAUGAUGAAAAGUCAGUUAUGUUUCACAGUCUUGUCAUACUGACCAGUCCUUGGUCUCAUGGCCACAAGAAGGACACAGAGCACAUGCUGUGAGCCAUCAAGUGGAAGUUUACAAGUUAUGGGCAAAGGGACCCAUUAUCUGGUUUACAAUGACUUGACAACUGGCUGGAUAAACCUUUACCAUAUGUCCACCUAGAGCUGUUUGGAUAAAUCUGUAAAUAAUGCCAUGUACAGUGACAGCAUCUACUGAAUGAUUAAACUGAUACUGUGCGUGUGAAAUGACCAAAGCCAUUUUUGUUUUCUCUUCAUAUUUUUCAUGCUCUAGUUUCCAUCUCGCUUUCAGUGUUUUUCCAUCUGACAGUCCCUGGAAAGUGGAAUUGCUCUGAUGGUCUAAGCUUUUUUUGGUCUUUAAUAUAUUAAAGUAGUAGAAACAUUUAA